AUGAGCGCUCAGCAAACACCGCGUGCUUUCCUUGAGGCAGCCAUGGCGAGCAACUCGAAAAAGGCAGAUAAGAACAGAAAUAAAGGCAAAAAGAUGGAGAAUGAAGCUUCAGAAAAUCCUCAGUUGUCUGACAAAACAGAUUUGGCUCCUUCUGAGGACUCACAGUCCCUUUCCAAGACUGAAUCACUGGAAAAUGUUUUAAAUGAGGUGAACAAAGAAAUGAAUAACUUGUUAACAAAAUAUGCUGAUGUUAUAAGUGCAAGAACAACAUUGGAUUCUUCUUAUGUCCAGGAACUUGAUGAGAUCUUAAAAGAAGCCAGGGCCACAGAAAACCACUUAAAGCAGAAAAGAGAGAAACUGAAACAGAGAUUCGCUGUCAUUGCCAAUACUUUGUAAAGCUAAAUGGAGUUACAGAAGUGCAGAGCCAAAGUCGUGUUUGUGCAUGAAAACAAACUGUGAUGAGUGUUGUGAUGUCUGUUUCUUGUAUAAAUAUUUCUGUCAGUUCAGGAAACUGCCAACAAGUUUAGCAGCUACUUAGUGUUUAAAUACAUAGUGUAGUGGUGGUUAAUAAAAACAAUUCUGAAUAUCUGUUUUAAAUCCUGUAACUCAAGGGACUAUGACAUUAAGCUGUGUUAACCCAUUAAACAUAGCAAAAAAACAUUUCUGUGAAACACAGAUAUUUAUGAUGUAAGUGGAAAAUGACCUCGGAGUAUUUCAUGUUAACCACUUCCUGGUUAUGUUUUGGUUUUUUUUUUUUCCUUUCUACUUUAAAAAAUGUUUUUGUGAUAACAUCUUAGUAGAAUAUACUUGUAAUGUUAUUUUCGUUUGGCCUCAGAAUGUAAACAGGUUGAAAAGGUCAGUUUAGAAAUAAGAGAAUUCUGUAAAGAAC